AUGGACACAGCAGCGGCAGCCUCCGGCGAUCCUCCGCCGGCUUCUGUUGUGAAAACCGUGCGGGUGGAGAUAAAGGGACGUGUGCAGGGUGUAGGGUUCCGAGACUGGACGAUGGAGAAUGCGGAGGAUCUUGGUCUCCGUGGCUGGGUCCGGAACCGGAGGAAUGGCUCUGUUGAGGCCCUCUUCUCCGGAAGCCCCGACAAAGUAGAGGAGAUGGUCGACCGGAGGUGCAGGAUCGGUCCUCCCGCUGCUGCCGUCACCGCCAUUACAUCCUUCCCAUCCAACGAGGAUCCAGGCCUGGAUUUCCAUUACAAAAAUACUCUCUAAUGUUUUAUUCUCUCUGGUAUAAUAUUUGGUAUUUUGCAAGUUUAGUUUGUUAUUCCGUCUUUGAUUUGGAUGAAGAAAUAAUGUUACGUUAUCUGCUGAAAUUGGAGCUUGAUUGUUAGUUUGUUCCUUAUUUGAUCUGUGUCUAAACUAGAAUGAAUUAUAUGAUUCUCAUAUAUAAAAAAAAUCUGAUUAGGUUGC